AUGACUACGAAAGAAUGCGAGUCGACUCCUACGGAGGCUUCUGGGCCAGCCAAUGAAAGCGAUAAAUAUCCUGAAGGAGGCCUGCGAGCAUGGCUGGUCGUGCUGGGGUCGUGGUGUGCCAUGAUCCCGUCCAUGGGACUUUUGAACAGCCUAGGGAUCUUGCAUGCCUGGACUGCGGGCCAUCAACUGAAAGAUUACUCUGAGUCUAGCAUUGGCUGGAUUUACGGGGCGUAUAGCUUCUUUUUAUACAUUGGAUCAGCUCAAGUGGGCCCGGUUUUCGAUGCUUACGGGCCGAACUAUGUUAUCAUUCCCGGAUCAAUUGGCAUGGUUGCUGCCAUGAUCUGCCUCAGCUUUAGCAAGGAAUACUACCAAAUCUUCCUCUCGUUUAGUGUACUCGGAGGCCUCUCUGCCUGCUUGCUGUUUACACCCGCCAUAGCUUCUGUCGGACACUGGUUUAACGUCCGUCGGGGACUAGCAACCGGCAUCGCCUGUACUGCAGGUGGCCUUGGGGGUGUGAUGUUCCCGAUCAUCAUCCUCUUCGCCGCGCCUAAGAUUGGCUUUCCCUGGGCCAUCCGGAUUAUUGCGCUAGUCAGCGCCAUACUGUGCUUAGCAGCUUGUUUCUUGAUCAAGACACGAUUUCCUUUGAACAAAAAGGCCGGUGUCGCAGUCGAUUUGAAAGCCCUCAAAGAUGUGCAUUAUGCAUCAACAACUGUGGCCGUCUUUCUGGUGGAGUUUGCCGUCUUCAUUCCCAUCACCUACAUCGCGUCGUAUGCCGUCCAUAUUGGCAUGAACGAUACGCUUGCUUAUGCAUUAAUCGCAUUUUUGAACCUGGGUGCUAUACCCGGCCGGUUCCUCCCGGGCUUACUAGCAGACAAGUUGGGCCGAUUCAACGUCAUGAUCGCCACAGCUCUAGUAUGCUCAAUCCUAACACUAGCAUUCUGGCUCAAAGCAGGCGACAACACAGCAGCGAUAAUCUGCUAUGCAGUACUCUUCGGCUUCUGGAGCGGUGCAGCGAUCAGUUUGACGCCGGUGUGCAUCUCGCAAGUAUGCAAGACAGAGGAUCUGGGAAAACGGAAUGGCACGACGUUUGCGAUCUCAAGUAUCGGGACACUCACUGGGAUUCCGAUUGCAGGUGCGAUUCAGGAACGGGAUCAUGGCGGUUACCAGGGAUUGAUUAUCUUCGGGGGCGUGAUGUAUCUGGCAGCGACAGUGGCGUUUAUUGUUGCGAGGGGGGUUUGUCGGAAUUGGGCAUUGUGGGUGAAGUUUUGA